AUUUAUCUGCAGGAAUGAUUGCGACUAUCAGUCUAGAGCUCACCGCCUGACUGAGGAGGUGAAAGUCGCGCCACGGGGAGAUAAACCGCAAAAGACAAUAUUGCAUGCAUACAUGAUUUCGCGUGCGCAUCGGAUGAGCGGUAGUAUAGCGGGAUUCCUCGCGUCUUAGAAAGUAAACAGCAGACCGGUGGAUUUGAGAGUUUUUGCUCAGUCGAGUGAGGUCCAUGAGAUAGAGAGAGGGGGAGGAAGAAUAUCUGCGCGUGAUUUUUUUACUUGCGCUCUCAGUCGUCUCGGCGAGUCUAGACUGAAGAUGCUCUUGGACGCAGGACCGCAGUAUCCCACCAUAGGAGUCACUACUUUCGGCUCCUCACGGCAUCACUCAACAGGCGAAGUCACGGAGAGAGAAGUGGCGUUGGGGAUAAAUCCGUUCGCCGAUGGGAUGGGCGCCUUCAAAAUAAACCACAGCUCCCACGAUAUUGGGUCUGGGCAGACGGCGUUUUCCUCCCAGGCGCCCGGCUACGCAGCGGCCGCCCUGGGACACCAUCACCACCCGACCCACGUUGGCUCUUACUCCACGGCGGCUUUCAACUCCACCAGGGACUUUCUCUUCAGAAAUCGGGGUUUCGGGGACGCCGCCGGCGCGCAGCACAGUUUGUUCGCCUCCGGAAGUUUCGCGGGGCCACAUGGACACUCGGAUGCAGCGGGGCACCUGCUCUUCCCGGGGCUCCACGAGCAGGCGGCGAGCCAUGCCUCCUCCAACGUGGUCAACAGCCAGAUGCGGCUGGGCUUCUCGGGGGACAUGUACGGACGCGCCGAGCAGUACGGCCACGUUACGAGCCCGCGGUCCGACCACUAUGCCUCGACCCAGCUGCACGGCUACGGCCCCAUGAACAUGAAUAUGGCCGCGCACCACGGCGCGGGGGCCUUCUUUCGGUACAUGAGGCAGCCGAUCAAGCAGGAGCUCAUCUGCAAGUGGAUCGAGCCGGAGCAGCUGACGAAUCCCAAAAAGUCGUGCAACAAAACUUUUAGCACGAUGCACGAGCUCGUGACCCACCUGACCGUGGAGCAUGUGGGGGGACCGGAGCAGACCAACCACAUCUGCUUCUGGGAGGAGUGCGCCCGGGAAGGGAAGCCGUUCAAAGCCAAAUACAAACUUGUGAACCAUAUCAGGGUACACACCGGAGAAAAGCCCUUCCCGUGUCCGUUCCCCGGCUGCGGCAAAGUGUUCGCGCGCUCGGAAAAUCUAAAAAUUCACAAAAGGACUCACACCGGCGAGAAGCCUUUUAAGUGCGAAUUCGAAGGCUGCGACAGGCGAUUCGCGAACAGCAGCGACCGCAAGAAACACAUGCACGUCCACACCUCGGACAAGCCCUACCUCUGCAAAAUGUGCGACAAGUCCUACACACACCCCAGCUCCCUCCGAAAACACAUGAAGGUCCACGAGGCCACCAAUCCGGCAUCGCAGCCGUCUCCGGCGGCCAGUUCAGGGUACGAGUCGUCCACACCUCCCACCAUAGUGUCCCCGUCCACAGAGAACCAGAGCAGCAGCUCCAUAUCGCCGGCAGCCUCAGCAGUCCACCACACAGCCAGCCACAGCACGCUGUCGUCAAAUUUCAAUGAAUGGUACGUGUAAAUAUUUUUGAGAGGAGAGGAAAAAAAACCCAGAAAGAAAGAUUGGAGGAGGAGAAAAAGAGAGAGAGCCAGAGAGAGAGAGAGACUGCAGAAUUUUAAAAAAGAAAAAAGAAAAAAGAAACUGCUUGGAAGCAAAGACUUUUGUACAGUCAGCCGGUGAAACGUGGACUGAGAAAACACAGGAGGCCCCAGACGAUCAAUGUGCAGGCUGUCCUAAUGUCAGUGAAAGAGAAUGCAUGGACUAAAAAGGAGGCAUGGACAGCCACCAAGUUUAACCCCCCCCCCCCCCAUCCAUCAGUAUUUCUUUCAUUCUCUACUUUCACUGAGAGACUGCUCAGAAGAGAUCUCAGAAAGCAUGCAAGUCUGCGGUUGUAAAUGGCCUGAAUUUUUUUUUGUACAUAAAAAGGGAUUUCACCAAGUUGGAGGGGGGGGGGGGGGGGGGAGAAAAUGUAAUAUUUUAUUUUGUAAAUAGUUCUAUCACAGUUUUAAGGGAAAUUGUGAAAAAUGUUGGUCCCUAGAUAUAUGGAAAAACGAGAUGGUUUCUAAAGAAUAUUGCGAUGAAUGGACUUCAUUGAAAAAGAAUGUUAUAGUUGUGUACCAAAUGUGAAUUAUCCAGUAUUACUACAGUCUACACGUCGACCCUUAACCGACUCCUAGUAUUAAUGUGCUUUUUGUAGCCUAUUCAAGUGCAACAUUUUCGUCCCGAGGUCCAGUUUUUGAGUAGCACAGUGUCAUUGUUGUUAUUUAAUGUCAUGUCGAUAAAUCGUGUAGUGAAAGCCUGAAAAAAAAUCCGUGUCAAUCUGUUUAUGUACGUGAUAAAUAUAAGGAAAAAAAAAUCUGUCAAUUGCUUUUUGUCUGAAAGGAAGUAUUAUUACAUGUAAGUAGCUAAAUUUUUUUCCAUAUUUAAUCCGCAUGUUAAAGGGCCGGUUCACUUGUUUAGAAAAUGGUCGGUAUUUAUGGAGAAAUGCGCUCGUAUGUAAAAAAUUUAGUUUACAAAAAAAAACACAAUGUUUGGAUACAUUUCGUACUAUAUUAAAGGAUUAAAAAAAUACAAUGAUG